AAGCCCGUUCCCGCCCCUGCUCUUCCUGGUCUCUAUCUGAUUUGAUUUUAACGAGUCCAUUAAAGGGUAGGCUAUCUGAUGAAGAUAGCUUCUCAGUUCGUGAUGGCAUGACUCUGUGUUUGUGCAUCUAUUACAGGAUAGGGUUCAAUUCAUCUUGCUCCUGAGACUUGUAAAAAGUCGUGUACAACUGUAUAGGGGAAGCACCAGCCUUGUUGCCAGAAAUGGAUCCUGGUCGAUAUCGCCCUCAGCAAGAAUGGGAAAAUAACAGCGUAAUUGUGGUUUCCUUCCUAAUCACAUAUAUGGAAUGAUAAACAAGAAACUAGGCUCAUGAGACUUUCCCAUUUUCAGCCCUUAAACAUCAUUCAAAGAAUUCCAUGGGACAGUGAGGAUGUGGAUUGGAUUUCCCUAACAUGUACCACGAUAAUUAAUUGCUGACAUAGCUUAUUGUCUUGAAUCCACAGGCUUUGGAGAGUAAUGGCAGAGUAAAUGAGCCUGAUUUCCAGGUUGGUGGCUCUUAUGAUGAUAGGAGAUUUAUGGAUGAACGGUUCUCAAGAGACAAUGUUUACUCAAGGAGUGGGUUCCACCAUGAUGGGCUGGACAGGGAGCAGUAUCCACAUCCACCACCAGCAUUUGAAAUGUGGCCUCAAGCGAGGAGGAGAAGUUAUGAAGAAGAAUGUCCAAUGGAUAAGGAUUUACGGAGGAAUGAGAAGCUGCCUGCCAGGUAUGGAGGAUGUGACCGAGAUGAUUAUGCCAAUGACCAUUAUGACUAUCGCCAUCGUGUUUCUCAUCAAAGCAGGGAACGCAGCCGUGAAAGGGACUAUGAUUAUGGCAGGCAUGGUUAUGAUUCUGACUAUGACAGAGGUAGUAGGAGAGAUAGUAACUGGAGACAACGUGGUUCUCGUGAUCGUGAGCAUGACCGGAGAGACUCAAGCCGAGAAAGAGACUACAGUCCAUAUUCAAGGCAUGAACAUUCCCGUUCACGGUCUCGUGACCGUGGGGAUUGCCUGAGAUCAAGGUCUCCUCGAAGUCGAAGUCAUAGUCGGAGUCAUGGAGAGGAUAGCUAUGAUGAAUUUCGGUAUGAUAGAGGUGAAAGGCGCAAAGACUCUGAUGACAGACGACAUCAUGAUAGCUACUACUCGUUGUCUCCUUCCGCUACUGUUGUUGUUAAGGGUCUUUCUCAUAAGACCACAGAAGAAGACCUAUAUCAGAUCAUUGCUGAAUGGGGACCACUACGCCACGUUCGUGUGAUCAAAGAGCCAUGUUCUGGCAACUCCCGUGGUUUCGCUUUUAUUGAUUUUCCAUCUGUGGGUGCUGCCCAAGCAAUGAUGGAUAAGCUUUGGGAUGAUGGUCUUCUUGUUGAUGGUAGGAGGCUAUUUUUUGAGUACAGUAGCAAACCAAUUGGUGGGUCCAAUGGGCCACUGGGUAUUGAUAGUGUAAGAUCCAGUCAAGGUAGCCACAGAAGAAUGACAGUGGCAUCUGAUUGGAUGUGCACUGUAUGCGGAUGCGUAAAUUUUGCACGGAGAACAUCUUGCUUUCAGUGUAAUGAGCCACGUGCAGAUGAUGCUCCCCCAGCUGAUAAGACAAUGUCAAACCCUACAUCUCUUGCAAAGAGAGGAGAAGCAGGCCCUACCCAUGUUUUGGUUGUCCGUGGCUUGGAUGAAGAUGCUGAUGAAGAAAUGCUUCGGUAUGAAUUUUCUAAGCAUUCUCCUAUCAAGGAUCUUCGACUUGUCAGGGACAAGUUCACCCACGUUUCAAGGGGAUUCGCUUUUGUGCACUUCUAUUCGGUCGAGGAUGCUUCUAAAGCUCUUGAAGCAACGAAUGGAACAACUUUAGAGAGAAAUGGGCAGAUUCUUAGAGUUGCUUAUGCAAAAAGUAUCCUUGGUCCAGGGUCAGGGGCAUCUCAGGCUAGUACCCUUGCUGCUGCUGCAAUUGAAGCAGCAACGUUCGCUCAACAGUAUGAUGCUAUUGGAUGGGCACCAAAGGAAUACAAUCCAGAUGAAAAGCAAUCUAAUGUGGUGCGAGAGCAGGCGGGAGAAGUUGCACAUCAAGAGGAUGGUUCUGCCCCACAGUCCGGUUUUCUGUGGGAUGAAGCAUCUGGCUAUUAUUUUGAUGCUGCUUCUGGGUUCUACUAUGAUGGAAAUACAGGUUUGUAUUAUGAUGGAAACAAUGGAAUCUGGUACUCUUAUGAUCAACAGACCCAGCAAUACAUUCCGUGCGACGAUCAGAAUGACAAAGCCUCACGGAAUCAAGAAGAAAAUGCAUCCAAUGCAAGAAAGGUUAUCAUAUCUGCACCUGCAACUAUGACAUUAUCAUCCAAUGAUAAGACCCCCUCGUUACCAGAUGCCAUUCAAGCUGCAGCAACCGCUGCAAUGUCCGCAGAGAAGAAGGAGAAGGAGAAGUCAUCAAAAGAAAUAAAAAUUGCAAAAAGCAGCAUUCUUGCCAACAAGAAGAAGAUGAGUAAUGUAUUAACAAUGUGGAAGGAAAGAACUCAUGAAAGUCAAGCACCCCGUGUGGCUCUUGAUGACACUCAGACAGUAGAUGAGGAAAGAUCCAACUCGGCCACAAAAGCUAUAUCAAGCAGUGAGUUAGUCGUCCCGACUGUUCAGUCAGUGGGAAUGGGAGUAGUAGUACCUGUGAAGGGUGUGAUUAGAAGUUCAGGAACGGGAGUGGUGAAAAAAGACACCACUUUAUACACAGGAUCUUUAGGAACUUCUUCUACUCCUUUGACUAAUACAGAGGUCUCAACAAUUGCAACAUCCUAUAGAAUGGAUCCAUCUGCAUUGAGUUCCCACACAUCAGCCGUGACAGCUGCAAGUGGGGGUAAAAGAAGGUUUUCUGAAAUUCCGUCCCAACACAUUUCUGAUAAGGAACAAUCUACAAAUAAUAGUAGUGCCUAUCGAGAUCGUGCUGCUGAGCGGAGGAGUUUAUAUGGUUCAUCAUCAUUUGGAAACAAUUUAUCUGAUCUUGGGGAUUCAAGUCCAAACAAUGCUUAAACAGCGUAAUGGGAAAUUUUAUUGUGAAAGAAGAUUCCACUCGAGGUUGAUGUACUCUAUUUUAUAUAUCUGUAUUGACUUGUGAAGAAUUUGUUUUGUUGUUGUGGGGAACGAAGAUCGGGAUUCCACUUCAAGAAGGGGUGUCUUUGAUCCAACACCUUUCCCACCGGGAGUCGGGGGUGGUCGUGUUUCUGGAGAUGCAAAUCCUCAGAGCUAUGAGGUUAUAACUUCUGAUAGAGCGAUUGAUGAGAGUAAUGUUGGGAACCGUAUGCUCAGAAAUAUGGGCUGGCAAGAGGGCUUGGUAUCACUUCUCACUCUUCACUUCGCUAUAUAGUGAGAGCCUGUUUAGUAGGAUAUAGUUUUGGCUUUCCGGCCAGUUUUUUCGCUAAACACUAAUGAGGUGGCCGAUGUGGCUGAUAUUUUCAAAAACAUUGUAGGGAUAUAUAGUGAUGAAACUAAUACUUUUAGUUUUAUUUGUAGAUAUUAUUUUCUUUAUUAAUAUAUUUGUAAAUACUACCUCCGUCCCCCUAAGAUUGGGACAAGAGGGAGUGGAGUGGUUAUUAAGAAAACUGAAAUUGUGUAGUUGAUAUUGUAUCGAUAAAGUGUGAAUAAAGUAAUAAUGAAUUGCAACCACCCAAAUAUUAUCAAAAAGGUAAAACGAGAGAAAGAUAGGGGGAUGGAGGGAGUAGUUUAUUAUGAAUUGCAGCCACUUCAGCCCUUUUAAUCCUUACCCAACAGGCUCUUAUUACAUACUCCUGUUCUCAAAUAGCUAUCCUAUAAACUAAAGAUGUUUUGCUCACAAAUAAGUAUCUUUGUUUCAAAAACCAAUAAAGUAAUAGUAGUAAAAUGACCAAGUAUAAAAAACCAUUUUUGUUUCGCUUGGACAUGAACUCUAAUGUCUACAAAUCAGUUGGGUGUCUUCUCAAAAAAGAAAUCAACCAAGUAUCACCUUAAAAGCCCCAAUCUUUCUUAAACGGAAAGAUAUUCAUGAGUGGGUGAAGUUUGCUAGCUAUGGAAAAAUAAAAAUAAAGGUGAUGUAUUGACUUGAAAUAUCUACAAAUUGCUUGUAUUGAACUAUUGGUUCAUAACUUAUUGCAUCUUCUCUCCUGAACAACUAAAUACUUAACUUGGGGGAACCGCAAGUCCAUGAACUGGCAUUGGAUUUGAAAAAAAUGUUUUAGUUGUUGCAUGUUAAUCUGAUGUAUAGGGAUUGGGUAAGGAUGGAAGUGGGAUGACAGAACCGGUCCAAGCACAGGCCGUUGACAAGCGGGCAGGACUUGGAAGUCAACCAAAGCCAAUGAAAGUGGAUCCAAGCCUUGAAGCACAGGCUGGUGAUAGCUACCGAACUCUUAUACAAAAGAAGGCCAUUGCUAGAUUCCGUGAGAUGUCUUAGCUAACCAUAGAAUUUGGCGUUGUGUUCUUUGUUAAUUGUUAUACUGAUGUGACUUGGUGUAUAGACCUAUGCUACACUCUAGGUAUAAUGUGAUUUUGAUUUUGAGCAAUUUUUUAUUUUGCUUUUUCCCCUCAUUGCCCAGUUGAGCAAACUCUGGUGUUCAAUACUUGGUUACUUGAAAUGUAUUUCGUUUAUAAUAAUGAUAUCCUUUUAACUACUCUCUA